CACUUAUACAAACUUGGCUGGAGACCAGCUUGAGAGCCUGGGGAGAUUAUUUUGCUGAAGCUUUUGAAUCCAAGUUUGCAUCUAGGUGACUUCUGGAAAAGAUAUUCAGUAAUUGAUGUUGAAUUCUGACAGAAAGCCCGACUGUAUACUCCAAGAUUCUGACCUGAGUAUGAGAACAGUGAGCACACCCAGUCCAGCUCUAAUAUGCCCUCCAAAUUCGCAACCAUUCCAAAAUGGAAGAGAAUCCUCAACGUCCUCUUCUUCAGUCACUGGGGAAACAAUUGCAAUGGUCCAUCAACCGCCAACCACCAAGCUUCCUCGUCACCUUGUCAGAACAGCAUCUAGGUCACAGAAGGAAAAGGCUCUUAUUGAUUGUCUGCCAGAUCAGUGUAUGGUUCAAAUCUUCUCUCACCUGCCAACUAACCAGUUGUGCCGUUGUGCUCGAGUGUGCCGACGAUGGUAUAACCUUGCCUGGGACCCACAUCUAUGGCGGACAAUUCGUUUGACUGGAGAGCUCCUCAAUGUUGACCGAGCUUUGAGAGUAUUGACUAGAAGACUUUGUCAGGACACACCUAAUGUAUGUCUGAUGCUAGAAACAAUUAUUGUUAAUGGUUGCAAACGCCUUACAGACAGAGGAUUAUAUACUAUCGCACAAUGCUGUCCAGAACUCCGAAGACUUGAAGUUUCAGGUUGCUACAACAUAUCCAAUGAGGCAGUUUUUGAUGUUGUGUCUCGUUGCCCAAACCUAGAGCACCUAGAUGUUUCAGGGUGUUCCAAGGUGACUUGCAUCAGUUUGACAUGGGAGGCAUCGAUAAAGCUCUCACCUAUGCAUGGAAAACAAAUUUCUAUACGUUAUCUGGACAUGACAGACUGCUUUGUCCUUGAGGAUGAAGGAUUGCAUACAAUUGCUGCCCACUGCACUCAGCUUACCCAUCUUUACCUGCGCCGUUGUGUCCGCCUGACAGAUGAGGGCUUGCGAUACUUGAUGAUAUAUUGUUCAUCCAUUAAGGAGCUAAGUGUAAGUGACUGCCGAUUUGUUAGUGAUUUUGGACUAAGAGAGAUUGCAAAGCUAGAAUCACGCCUAAGAUAUCUCAGUAUUGCCCACUGUGGCCGGGUCACAGAUGUUGGUAUUCGUUACAUAGCAAAAUAUUGCAGCAAACUCCGCUACCUUAAUGCUCGAGGCUGUGAGGGUAUUACAGACCAUGGAGUGGAGUACCUUGCCAAAAACUGCACAAAACUCAAAUCCCUAGACAUAGGGAAGUGCCUUUUAGUCUCAGAUGCCGGACUAGAAUUUCUUGCUCUUAACUGCUUUAAUCUGAAACGUCUCAGUCUUAAAUCAUGUGAAAGCAUCACAGGCCGAGGACUUCAAAUAGUUGCUGCCAACUGCUUUGAUCUGCAAAUGCUAAAUGUACAGGACUGUGACAUCUCAGUUGAAGCACUGAGGUUUGUAAAACGUCACUGCAAGCGCUGCAUAAUUGAGCAUACCAACCCUGCAUUCUUUUAAUAUGAAAAUAAUUUUACAGUUUUGAAUAUUGUUAUUUGAAAAAAAAAAUGUGAUCAAAGCUUCCAAGAUACAGUGCAUGAUCACAGCACUCCAGAGUACUUGGCAUGUGAUAGUAUUAUUGAUUGAUUUCAUCCUGAAACUUUUUCCAUAUCUAAUACAAGACUUUACUAGAAUU